CGUCACGAACUUGAGACAUUUUUGUUUUGGUUAAGUUUUACAAUUUUCUUGUGUCUUUAUUCAAACAUUGUGUAAAUAAUGUUUCACUUUAGUCCAUGUUUUCCUUUAAGACGUUUCGGAAGCGUUGGGUCCUUUUGCUGAUUCUAGCUUUGUCAUUCAUAUAUUGCAUCACGAGUUUAUAUAGUCAGUCCCGUUCCAUGGUAAUUCAAGAUGUUGAUAUUAGGAGGUCACGGACGCCAAAGUCGUUUCAGUGGCAGCCAAAGUUUGAUGAAGCCAAUUCUACACAGUUAAAAACAUGUAGGAACUCUGUUCAGGGAAAGGCUCUCAUAGCUGAUGAGCGAGGGUAUGUGUGUACACGGGUAGAUAUUCAGCCAGGUGGUUGCUGCAAUGUGUACUCUCCGAACACGAAACACUAUGCUUGUGAUACGUGUCUGAAGAAUGGUUGUUGUGCGAUCUAUGAAUACUGUAUAUCUUGCUGCUUGGAUCCGGAAAAGAGACCUCUGCUGGAAACUGUGUUAGACAAAGCAGCUGCAGCAAACAAUCUGCUGUAUUCCUCCGUGUCAGACCACUUUGAGUUGUGUCUUGCCAAGUGUCGCACGUCAUCACAGAGUGUGCAGCAUGAGAAUUCCUACAGAGAUCCAAAGGCAAAACACUGCUACAGUGAUCACCUGUCUAACAGUGCAUCAAGAUAGCAGAAAGCUGCCAUCUGAGGUUAGUAGGCGUUUAAUUUUGGUCAGCAGCUGUACAUAAUGUGAAAUAUCUACCGUCAUGUGUGCAGUCAUCUCUUCAUCUUCGUAUUCCUAAUUCUAUCAGUCUGUAAAGGAACAGUGUGAAAAAGGAAGUAAAAGGUACGGACUUCUAUACACAGGUGAUUGAAAUCUCGUGCUUUCUGAUCAAAUGCUACUCCAUCAACAUUACACAAUUAGACCGAUUAUUAUGCAUUUUCCAUGCACUUUUUGUGUUUAGUUGGGCUAAAUUUAGAAUAGUUGACAGGAUUAUAUGCUAAGACUUAACCAUAGUAAGCAUAACUAUGAGUUUUUAGCAUAGUUUAUAUAUAUAUAUAUAUAUAUAUAUAUAUAUAUAUAUAUAUAUAUGCCUAGAUACUGUUUUUAUGAAAACGGCACAGUAAUGUGCAUUGUUUGCCAGUAUGCAUGUAUAUAUAAUUACAUUAUAUCAGGAAUAGAGAAUAGGGAAGGAGUGUGACUUCAAUAAACAAGAGAA